CCUCCCGUUUCUCAUAUCCAAAAGACCAUAUUCAUCACCUCUAGCCAUAACUACAACUCUUUCUCUCCCUCCUUAAUUUUCUUGAAAGUAAUAUUUAAAUAUGAAGAUUAACACAGCAGAGAAAAGAUACGCUCUUUUGCUGGCAGCAAGAGACACAGAUUAUGUAAAGAAAGUGUAUGGAGGUUAUUUUAAUGUGUUUGUUGCAGCUUUUGGAGAAGAUGGAGAGAGAUGGGAUUUGUUUAGGGUUGUUGAUGGAGAGUUUCCUGACAUGAAUGACCUUCAUUUUUAUGAUGGUUUUGUUGUUAGUGGAAGCCCUUACGAUGCUUAUGGCAAUGACUUUUGGAUUCUCAAACUUUGCUUUCUUCUGCAAACUUUGGAUGCCAUGGAAAAGAAAGUUCUUGGCAUUUGCUUUGGCCAUCAGGUUUUGUGCAGAGCAUUGGGUGGGAAAGUUGGAAAGGCAUACAGUGGAUGGGACAUUGGAUUAAGAAAACUGAGAAUAGUGAAGGAUUUAAUAUCCCCAGCAGGGAAUAACUUGCUUAUGACUAGCAUAAAAAAUGAAAUCCCAAAUUCCCUAACAAUAAUAGAAUGCCACCAAGAUGAAGUAUGGGAAGUUCCAUUAGGAGCAGAAGUAAUCGCAUAUUCAGAAAAAACAGGAGUCGAAAUGUUUGGAAUUGGAGAGCACAUUUUGGGUAUUCAAGGCCAUCCUGAGUACACUAAAGACAUUCUUUAUAACCUCAUCGAUCGUCUUCUCAAUAACAACUCUAUAGAUUUUGGUUUGGCUGAGAAAGCUAAAUUUGGAUUGGAAAUGGCUGAACCUGAUAGGAAAUUCUGGCAAUAUAUCUGCAAGAAUUUCUUGAAGACUCUUUAAGAUAGAUUAUAGUUUCUUGUACAACCAAUUACCAUCCCUUUUAGUUUUAAUUAACAUGUCUGCAGUUUUAAUUAUCUAUCCAACGUGGGAUUUUUAUUUCUAUGACAUUCUUCUCUACCCAAAAGAUUAACCUGAUGGAAUUGGAAGUUAGGACCCUUUCCUUAACUGUCCUAUAGGAAAUUUUUGUCCCUACAACAUAUAUAAUGUUGAAUUGUAACUCAUUGACACAAAUUGCAAUGAGAAUAUUAUUAGAACCUUAUUCCUAUAGACUUGCAAAUGAAUGGGAGCCUUGCAAUU